AUGGCGGCAAAAGAUGGAGAGAGCUGUAAACAGUGCAAAAGAUGGACCAAAUAUCGCUGCAUUCGCUGCAAGGUAGCCAUUUGCAACUUAUGUAGCGAGCCAGAGAUGGAUGAAAGCGUGGACGGGUGGAUAGGUGGGAAGAGUGUCGGCUACUGUUUUGAGUGCGAAACUGUAAGGCCCGUAACCGAGUCGCCGAUCGCAAGUAGGCACAGUUAUGAAGAAGUUGAAGGAAAGGAAGAUGCGGCAGAUGAAGUCCACAGUGAAAAGGAAAGGUAAUCUUCUUUCGCUGAUAAAAGUGAUAAUCAGCAAGAAGCUGUCACAAACCAGAAAUGUAAACACCCGAUGUAGUUAUGUUUGCAGUUUAUCUCAUGCGUGAUUGAUUCGAUGAUUCUCAUUUCCAACACAACAAAAUCAUCGCCGAAGGAAUUCCAGCAUUCAAGGUUUCCUUUGUUGCUUUAAAGUAAGCAUAAGUGCAAGUUAGGUGAUAAAAAUUGAUCAACAGAAGGGUAUAAUUAAAAAAUUUGAAACUGCAAAUUGCUUGUGUUAAUGUUUAUAUUUAUCCCUCUGUGGAAGGUCAAUAAUAGUGGCCAUGUUGUGGUUCAAUUUUUUCCUUGGUUUAAAUUUUAUUUUCCUUUGUUUUGGGGUAUGGUAAUGUAUGAUAAUGAGUUUGAACCAAAGGAAAGUAAAAUUUAAACCAAGAAGAAAACUGAACCACAACAGCCAUAAUGUUAACUUGGAUUACAGUGACAUGAAUUACUUGUUUGGCAUGUGCCCUGGAAGCAGUCAUGUGGCAUUUCUUAUUAGAGAAGUGUACAUUUUUUGUACAUCUAGUAUCAGUGCCAGCAUGCAGGGAACAACAACUUUGAAUCCAUCUACUUGUCAUCACUUUGGUUUGUGAUUUUCCCACUAUAAUCGGAAUUUAUGUUGUUCUUUGGGUUUCAAAUUUAUUUUUCUUUGUUUCCAGCUCAUUAUCAUACAUAAAAAAACAUACACAAAAACAAAAGAAAAGAAAAUCUAAACCAAUGAUAAAAUGGUAACACAACAUAUAUUUCAGUCUCAGUUAAUGAGUGAUCUAGUUCAUCUACACUGGAUUCUGGUAGAAAACUUCCAAUGUUUAUUACUGAAAACGUGAGUGUCUCACAGGACCUCAUGGAGCUCAGGGAAAUGCAGGGCGCUGAAGAUUUCAGUUGAGGACACAAAUUAGUCAUUGAAUGUCUUUAAUAUUUUUAUUGUGUGCUUAUUGCUUAGCACAGAUUCAUUAGCCCCAUAUUUAUGAAUCUAUUUUGAAAGGAUUUCUGACUGCGUAUUGUCAUUUGUAUGGCAUUGUUCCAUCAACAAUAUUCACCAUGUAUGAAAGGUGGUAGGCAUUGAUGCAAAUUUUAAACUUAAAAAAAAAAAAGAAAAAUGUGAAGAGAGACUUUGGUCAGAUAAAAAAAGAAAGAAAAAAUAGCAAAGCUAGAAUUUGGUGGAUUUGAUCCAAGUACCUCUAGCUUGCAACGGUCUAGAGUUCUAACUGCUAGGCCACAAAGGCUGCAUGUAUGCCUCUCCUUUGCCUGUGUGUGAUCCCCAAGCUUGAUAGAGUCUUAGCACCUUCGAUUCGUGAGGGUUUAAAUUUAAGCAGGGUUCCUUUUGAAUGGUUUUAAUUUGAAUAGAUGGUUUUUACAAUAAUCACAGCAAUAAAAAAUAUGACCUCUAGGCAGACAAAUACAAGUGCAACUUUUGAAGCAAUUUUUUUGGUUUUCAUGGGUUUACAUUAAGACAUGUAAGAAUUUAGUGCUGCAAUAUUUAAAACUUUUGUUUAUUUUCCUCAGUGCUGUUGAUAGUGAUGAUGAUGAUGAAGAUGAUGAGGAUGAAAGUCUCAGCCGGGGCCUGUUUGAAAAAAAGAGGAAAAGCCAAAAAUGUUCUAAGAAUAAAAGUGGAAGGAAGGCCAGAUGGAGUCAAAGUCUAUUAGGGGAUUUGGUGGACAUUGUAAUAUCUAAUGAUUAUUACAGGAAUAAAUUGAUACUUACCAACACUAAAAACCAGAAAAAUGGAGAAAUAUACAAAAAGGUUCUGGUCGAACUUAAGGAAAGGGCUGCUGUGAGAAAUGAAGAAGUUCCAUUUGAUCAUGUUCAGUUGCGAACAAAGUUCAAGAAAGCCAUUGCUGAAUGCAAGAAGACUUCUCUCACCAUGAAGACUAGCACAGGAAUAAAGAGAUUUAUUGACGAAAAAGGCUAUGGUCCAUGGUUUAACAGCCUAUUUGCCAUUGUCAAAACUCGGGAUGCAUGCAGACCUGAACUUGCAGUAGAGCCUUCAUUUGUUCGUACACAAUCACCAUGUUUACCAGAUUCAGAAGCUAGUGCUGCUGAAGCAUCACCUGGCACAUCCUCAUCUGAAAGCAAAGAGAGAGUUGUGGCUCCAAGGAGAAGGAAGAGAAAGACAGAUGAGUCUUUACAUGAAGCAAUUGACCUAAUCAAGACUGCCAUCAACAAUGAUCCGGUGAAAGAAGUCCUUUCGUACAUGAGUGAUCAGGCUCAAAAGUCUCGUGAACAUGAACUAAACAUGCUACAGAUGCUUCUGCAAGCUAUGCCCACACAGCAAGUUCAACCAACCCUACAAGAAAGAGCUACAGCAGCGGCCAACUUUCAUGGACUAAAUGGAAGUGACAGUAGGCAGUAUGGUAAUCAGAUGUCAAGUUCUGUUCAUCCUGGAGACUUAAACUACCAAAAUUUUUGGUUUUCUUGA